AUGUCGACUGCCAAAAAAAUGUCCAUCGGCGCACUGCUGAACCCGGCACCAAAGACACAGCUGGAUGUUCUGCCAGCAAAUCUUUAUACUUCACUUUGCUUGAACAAGGGCUCUACGGACCGUCGUUACAACAACUUUGACAGUGCUCGAAGUAAAUCAACUGCUAGAGGACAUAGCCAACGCGGCCCUAAUUACAAUGAGGACGAGAUGCACUUUAUCUGGUACCAUCGCGUUGAUCUUGGUAUGGAUUGGAGCAAAUGUAUCGAUGCCUAUCGUCGGCAGUUUCCCUCCCGCAAAUAUCGCACUGUGACCGGAAUCUCAAGCAAUUUAUCCCGGUUUAUGAAAUCCAAGGGAUGCCCUCCGGUGCGGGAACAGCACAAAAAUGGAGAGAUUACAACUGUCCGGCGCGAUCCGUAUGGAUAUCGGUUGCCCCAUCAUGGCGUUGUUGAAUGGUGUAAGGUCUCGUACCCCUGGAUGAGACCUGAGCAUCGUUCCUCUAAGGAACCCGCAUGUGAAUCAAAGACAGUAUAG